AUGGACAGCGCCGCUUUUCUCUCCUGUCUCUGGCGAAAAGAUCGACAAUCCUCAGAUGAGACAGGUACAGUAGCAGUUAUUCUAUACAAGAACUCUUCAACUGUAAACAUCUUCCAACUGCAUGCAGAUACAAUUGCUUCAAAACGAAGCAGAAAAAUAGACGCCCCAAUUUGA